AUGGCCAACGAUGAUGGGUCAGCAAACACCAAUCAAUCCUUGGUGUCAGGAGGCUCCAAAACUAUCACACGAAUCGUCACUUUGCAGAGUGACACCUCCAACUUCUCCGCAGGAAUCAAACUGGAUGAGAAUAAUUAUUCUCUAUGGCAUCAAAUCAUAGAGAUGAAGAUAGCUAGGCGAGAAAAACAUGGCCACUUGACCGGUGAUAUUGCCCAGCUUGCAGACACAAAUCCCACAUUUAAUAAAUGGCGUGCAUCGGAUUGCCAAGUCAAUAGUUGGUUGUUCGACACCAUGCAACCUAAUCAGAUUAAACGAUUUAUUCGUUAUGACACAGCAAAGCAAGUCUGGGUUGCAAUCAAGAAAACCUAUUCAGAUGGUGCCGAUGAAGCCAAGAUUUAUGACCUUCACAGAUGGUCAUUCAUAAUGAAGCAAGCUGGCGCAUCAGUUGCCAAAUGUUACAGUGAGCUCACUGAGAUUUUUCAGGAGCUUGAUCAAUUAAGUCCAAGCACCAUGGAGCAUCCGAAAGACAUUGAGACUAGACGCAAAGAGGUUGAUCGUCUUUGA